UCUCGGGUCGGGCUCCGACCGCGAGAACCCCCUUACGGCAUGCCGGAGACGGUGGACAUGGAGGCGGAGCCGGAGGCUGCGGCCGCGCUCGUCGCCUUGGGGUUUGAGCCCUCUCCGUCGAGGCUCGAUAAUUUCAAGAACAGCCUUCAUUUGCUGAGCAACGGAAACACGAGGGAUUUCGAUGCUUGGGUAUCGUUAAUAAGUUCCGCAGAGGAAACUUCUGCUAAUGACAUAGAGGUUAUUAGCUUGGUCUACCGUAGCUUCUUAUUGGAAUUUCCUUUGUGCCACGGCUACUGGAUUAAAUACGCAGCUCACAAAGCACGGUUAUGCACAUAUGAAGAUGUGGUGGAGGUUUAUGAGCAAGCCGUGCAAGCAGUGCCUCAUUCCGUCGAUCUUUGGGUCAGUUACUGUGGAUUUGGUAUGAGUGUGUAUGAAGACCCUGCUCUUAUUAGAAGCUUAUUCGAGAGGGGUUUGUCGCUUGUUGGAAAGGACUACUUCUGUUACCAUCUUUGGGAUAAGUACAUAGAGUUUGAGAAUUCUCAGAAGCAGCUGAUUCAGCUUGCUACCAUGUAUAUUAACAUGCUGAAAUUUCCUACAAAGAAGCUGCACAAGUAUUAUGAGAGUUUUAAGAAGUUGGUAAAAUCACUGGAACAAGAGGUUACACAUUGUGGUGCUGAAAUAUCUACAGAAAAUAUACAUAUGUCUGAAGUGAUGGAAGCUGAGGAAUCUGAAGGGGAUAUCUCGACCAAAAUUGCUGGCUUAUUUGACCAAGGUGGGCAUCUUAAGCCUGAAGCAUUAAAGCAGUACUUAUUUGCUGGCGAUCGUCUCUACCGGAUAUCCAGUAAACUUAAUGAAGAAAUUUGCGGCUUUGAGGCCUCCAUCAGAAGGCCUUUUUUUCAUGUCAAGCCACUUGAUGAUGACCAGCUUGAAAACUGGAACCAGUAUCUUGAUUUUGUUGAGAAGAAUGGCGAUUUUGACUGGGCUGUAAAACUGUAUGAGAGGUGCUUAAUCCCUUGUGCUAAUUAUUCAGAGUUUUGGAUUCGCUACUCUGAGUAUGUAGAUGCCAAAGGUGGCCGAGAGAUUGCAAACUAUGCUCUUGGUCGGGCAUCUUCGAGUUUUGUGAAGGGAGUCCCCACUUUCAGCAUGUACUAUGCUAUGUUCAAAGAGCAAGUUGGUGAUGCACCAGGUGCUCGUGCUCUUUUUGCUAAAGGAAGCAGUAAUUUCACUUCAGAUUUCUAUACUAAUAUCAAUAGAAUGGCCAACAUGGAGAAACGCAUGGGAAAUACUAAAGCAGCUACGGAAAUAUAUGAGAAUGCAAUUGAGGAUGCCAUGCAAAAGCACAACACUGAAGUACUUCCGGACUUGUACGCAAAUUUUGCGCAGUUCAAAUAUGCGGCAAGUCAUAGCAUUGCUGAAGCUCAAGAAGUCUUUGUCAAGGGAAUCGAACAGGCACCCUGUAAACCUCUGAUUAAGGGAUUCAUACAGUUCAUGAGUACAUAUGGAGGAUCUACAGAAAUACCUCUUCUUGAUUCUCUUAUUUCUAAUGCCGUGACUCCUGGAUCUGAUGUAUCAACAGCUUUAAGCCCUGAAGAUCGAGAAGAUAUCUCGUUGUUGUUUUUGAAGUUUGUUGACCUGUAUGGGGAUGUUCAAGAACUCAGAAAGGCAUGGGCUAGGCACAGCAAACUUUUUCCUCAUAACACAAGAAACCUGUCGCAGCAGUGUUGUAUAACUGAUAGUGACAAGAGGAGAAUAGCUGAAUUUCUGUUAGUUGCUCAUGACCAUACUCCAGAAGGUACGACCAGAUUGAAACAGUCAUCCAAAAGUGACACUUGGCUAAUUGAUAAAAAUGUUGGUUCACAAGUGGACAUGGAUGCUGCAGAUCCAGGGAAAAGACAGGGAGUUGCCAAUGAGCAGAAAAUAGUUGGGACUGUUGAUGCGCACCUGGAGGUUGGCGAUACAGCUCAGAAAUUCGUUGACAUGGCUCACAGUCAGCAUAGCUUGGAGAAACAUGUAACACACAGCCAAAUGGAUUCACAUGCUGACCAAAAAACCAUUGAUGGUUUAAGCGUAUGUGAACAAAUUGAGCCGACAACAAAAGCCCAUGCUUCUGUAAGUGAGAGAGCCCCUCAAGCUGAAUCAUGUAAUUAUGAUUCUCCUUCACAAUCAAUUGCUGACGCGCAGAUUAAUGCACAGGUUGAUGUUAAGACCAUUCAGCUAUCUGCAAUUGAUCAUUCAGAAACAGUAUGCUCAAGAUCCGAUUCGCCAUCUGGGGCAAGCUUACCCGAAGAAGGAAUUCCUUCCGAUACAACUCAAAUAAUUCCAGCGUUAGAGGAAAAUCAACAUGAGAAAAUCCAAGUAAAGCUGGAAACAGAGUAUGAUGUGUCUGUCAGUAAUGCAAAGCCAGAGAAGUCCACGGAUAGUCCAGAAGCAACUCAAUAUGAUAGGGAAGUUCAGACACAAGUUCUGUCUGUCUGCGCAAAAUCUUCCAGCUCAGAAAUGGCAACAACACAAACUACCACAGGUUCUCAAUUUUCUUCCGACAAUGCAGUGACUGCCCAAGUUUCAGUUCAGCACCAGAUGGAUAAUCCUCAAGCUUACGAAUCUAGUAACCUUUGUUUGACUGGGCAAAACAUGCAGCAGAUGCAGCAGCAAGGUCUUGCUUAUGCAAUUCCUCAGAAUGUUCAAACAUCCCCACAAACUCAAGCUCAACUCGUUGCACAACCUAAUCAGGGAAACCAACAGUACCUCCAAAUGAUGCAAGGGUAUGCAUCCCAGAUGUGGCAAUAUUACCAGCAACAGCUGUAUUACCUGCAGGCUCAGCAUAAUCAGCAGAUGCAGAGUUUGCAACAGCAGCAGCUUCCAACUGAGCAUCUCCAGCAAAGUUUUGCUCAGCAGGUACAACAACUGAACCAACAAAUGGUACUUUGGCAGCAACAGGUCCAGCAGCAGCAGCAACAGGCACAACCAGUUCAGCAACAAUCUGACAAAGCGCAGGUUCAGCAGUAUCACCCUUCUCCAGGGGAUGGUAAGCAUGAACAAAAUAAACAUCUGCCGCAAGAAUCUCAAAUCGAUCAUCAAAAUCAGCAAUCACAGCAGCAGCAACUGCUCUAUUUCCAGCAGCAGCAGCAGGUGUACUUUAUGCAGCAGCAGCAGCAGGUGUACCAACAGCAACAACAGCAGCAGCAGCAGCUAAUGCAGCAACAACAGUAUCUAUCUCAGAUGCCGCAGCAAAAACAAGAUGUGGUACAACAGCAGCAGCUAUUUCAGCAGCAACAGCAGCAGCUUUAUGAGCAACAACAGAAGGAGUUGGUAGUUCUGCAGCAACAGCAGCAACAGUUUGCCCAACAACAGAUGCAGCAGUACCUGCAACAGCAAGCAAAACAACAAGGGUUCAGAGAUCAGAACGGUGAGCCAAAUCCGCAGGACACAAGGAAGAUGCAGAUGGAGCAUGGUCAACAAUCUGAAGCCUCACAGAGUGAUGGUUCCAAAUUGCGGGGUGGUGAUCAAUCUGAGUUGUCCUACCCAUCAACUCCACAGUCUCAGCGUUCCAAUUAUUGAAUCAUCCCGCAUAAUCCAUUGUUUCUAAGACCAGGGUCCAUGAAUUUCCAUGUCAUUGAUUCAAGUACCAUUCAACACUUCUAUGCAUCAAAAUAUUAAGGAAUAGGAAUGUUCCACCUCUUC